CUUCGGUCUUGGUCCAUACUCGGUCAAGCCUCAACAAGUGGCCGUUUUUAGUCCCCAAGCUGCCACGCCGAGGCAUGACGGCCUGCGUGUGCUUCCUUUGAUUCCCUUUCGCUCCUGUCAGAGUUGAACCACCACCAUUGGGGCCGGAGACGAUGCUGUGAAAUACCCCCAUUUGCCCCCUCUCGUCAACCCGUUGCCGGUCCGCCUAGAUCUCCAUCUUUCGCCUCCCGCGGUCCACGCCGCUGUAGAUCGGCUCCCCGGGCGUCCCCCGACCUCAGCAUUUCCACAGCCUUGCCGAUCUUCCUCCUCGGAUCUCAACAAAUUGGGGCGAGAUGGUGAUUCUCCCUCGCCGCCCCGAACAUGGCAAUGUUCUCGACAUCCCGACGCCGCCUCUGCAGGCUGCCGGCCUGUUUGUCAUUAUCUUCUUCACUGCCUUGGCCUUUGUCACGUACUGCCUUAGGGCGUACACGCGCAUCAGGACGCGGACAUGGGGGCUCGACGACUAUCUGGUCACGUUCGCCAUGAUCUUCUCGCUCAUGAUGGUCGGCCCCUUUUACAUGUACAUCAAGCUCAACUACUUUGGCUGGCGCCAGCAGGACGUGCCGCCGUUUGAUCCCUCCCCAGGCAUGUUCUGGUUCUACCUGGCCCAGCUCUUCUACAACCCGAUCCUGGCCCUGGUCAAGGCCAGCGUUUUGUGCUUCCUCUACCGCCUGGGCGGCCAGAAGCCCGGCGUCAAGUAUGCCAUCCACUUCCUCAACGCCUUCAACGGCCUGCAGGCCGUCGCCGUCUUCCUCGUCGCCGCCCUGCAGUGCCUGCCCGUCGCGGCCAACUGGGACUUUGCUCUCAAGGCCGAUCCCAACACAAAGUGCAUCGACAACGCGUUCCACGUCAUCAUCUCGUGCAUCACCAUCCUGACCGACUUUGCCGUCGUCCUGCUGCCCUUUUGGAUCUUCCUGGGGCUCAAGAUGCCGCGGGGCGCCAAGAUUGCUGUGCUGGGCAUCUUCAUGCUUGGUCUUGCCGUCACCAUCAUCGGCAUCGUCCGCCUGCACGGCGUCAUCAAGCUCUUCUACUUGCCCAAAGCCCCCGACGCAGACCCCUAUCACGACAUCACCGUAACCCUCUCCGUCGUCGAGGCCAACAUCGCCAUCGUGUCGGCCUCGGCCCCGGCUCUCCGCCCGCUCUUCCGGUCCCUGAUGCCCUCCUGGUUCGCCGGGAGCUCGGGCCGCUACGGCGUCAACAAGUACAACAACGCCUACCCCAACAGCAACACGCCCUACUACUCGGGCGCGGCGGGGUCUGUAUUAGGUGGGCACGGGCAGGGCACUCAUACGGGUAGUGCCGUUCGUGGUGGUGGCCCCGGGUCGAAAGCGGGAGGCAACGGGGUCAGUAGGCACAGCAGUAUCCAGCUGAAAAACCUCACGCGCAGUGGUAAGAAUGGGCAGCAUACCGAGUGUCGGAGUAUCAGCCCGAGCGGGUCGGAGGAGGAGAUCAUGACGUAUAAUGGCAUUAUGCGCACGACAGAUGUGAGGGUGCAUUUCGAUGGCGGGAGGGACAGUACGUUGCCGGCUGGGGGGGCUGAUCUGGAGGAGUCGAGCCGGGCGUCGAGUGAGUUGAAGAAGGAACAGGUGGAGAAGAGGACUUUGUAGGUGCCGUUGAUGACGAAUGGGGAUGGGAGGGAGUUUGGUCUUGGUGUUUUUGGAACGGAUUCUACAGAUGGUGUACGUGUUUCAAGGGGCCAAAUCACAUAGGGAUGUAUUGGUGUUCUGUACAAUGUUCGGACGGGUUGAAAAGUUGUAAUGUUUAGAUACCAUCAGUUCAGAUUCAUACAUAAAUUCGCAUAUCGAG